UCUCCUCCCACUCAGCCCCAAGCAAUAUAAACAUUUCUGUACAGUGGAGAUACUCUCCAACUAUCCAUCCUUAUUAGGGCAGCAAGAAGGUCGCUACCGGGAUCAAUUAAGAAUUAAAAAAGAAGGAGAGAUGGCACAAACCUACAGCCAAAGUUCAACUUUCCCUGAGAUAGUGGAGCUAAACGUGGGUGGGCAGGUGUAUGUGACCCGACUUGAAACUCUCAUCGCGGUCCCCAACUCUCUCCUGUGGACCAAGUUCACUCAGAGCUCCCCGGGCGCCCUGCCAAAAGACAGCAAGGGUCGCUUCUUCUUCGACCGGGACGGCUUUCUCUUCCGAUACAUUUUGGAUUACUUGCGGGAUUCUGAGCUUUUCCUACCCGAGUUUUUCAAAGAGAGGAGGAGGCUGCAGAAAGAAGCGGACUUCUUCCAGCUGCCGGAGCUCUCCAGGCGCCUGGCGGCGGUCAGCAAAGACAGCUCGUAUGCGGAGGACAGCGGGGACCCGGAGGAGGCUGACCAGCUCGCCAGUCCGGUCACCUCUUCCUCGGACAGGACCCCCCGCUCCCCCGGGGCCGACUCCGGCUUCAUCACCAUCGGGUACAGAGGCAGCUACACUAUCGGGAGAGAUAUGCAGGCGGACGUUAAAUUCCGCAGAGUCGCCAGAAUAACAGUCUGUAGCAAAAUCUCUCUGGCUAAGGAGGUAUUUGGGGAAACCCUCAACGAGAGCCGAGACCCGGACCGGCCGCCUGACAAGUACACCUCCAGGUAUUACCUCAAGUAUAACUUUCUGGAGCAGGCGUUUGACCGGCUGGCCGAUGCUGGUUUCCACAUGGUGGCCUGCAACUCCACUGGGACCUGCUCGUACGGCAGCAAUGACCCGGGGGAGGACAAACUGUGGACCAGCUACACCGAGUAUGUUUUCUGCCGAUGAACGGAAGGUGAAGGAGUGCAUGCAUGAUCAUUUCAACCAACACUGGGACCAAAUUAACAGCUACAGUAGUUCUAACAUAAAUUAACAUCACAAACUGGCAGUUUUCAGCCUUGUCUAGUUUCAGUCUCACAUGUUUUUGCCACUCUCUGCUCUGUACAGUGGGAUCAGGCUGCAACCACAGUUAACUUUUCUGCCAUUUUUUUGUCUUAUUCUGAAAGAACAGAACUUACUUCAAACUCAGACAUACUGUAUCUCAUUGGUUAGGGAGGAGCAGCAACAAAAUAACUUUAUUGAUAUGUCACUGGGUCCUCAGCUGGGUUAUUUUUUGGCCUCAUAACCUUUCACAAAGACUGCUUUGUUUCUAAGUAAAUGACAUGAAUGGUUACUCAGGAUGGCAGAAAAGUUACGAGCUGGUUUCUUUUGAUCCUCACAGAGCUGUGCUUGCAUUGUCAUGUUAAUGUAGAGAGCCCACUGAUGCUCUGAACACAUUAGUAAGGACACAUCUGUAAAUAGCCUUAUAUUUGGUUUUGACCUGCAGCUCCUUCUGUAACUUUCAAGUCUUUAAUUUUGGGAGCUGGUGGAUAAGGAAGACAGUUAAUUGUUCUUUGGAAUGAUACUUUUACAAUUAUUUUUAUGUUUAAUUUGAAUAUAUUGAGUGCACAUACAGGAUCACUGCUUUUAAGAAUAGAUAGAUUUUGUCACAGUGCUACAUUGUUAUGUGAACUGUUGUCAUUUUUUUCUUUAGAUAUAAGGCUACGGCAAAUAAAGUGUGACAUUGUAACACUA